AUGCCUCUCACCAAGGAUCUUGCCCAUCUCUCUCCAGAACAGAAUAGGAGGAAACACAAGCAGCAGCAGAGCCCCAAUUCCUCCUUCAUGGAUGUGAAAUACCCAGGAUGCUAUAAUAUCACCACGGUCUUUAGCCAUGCACAAACAGUAGUUUUGUGUGUUAACUGCUCCACUGUCCUCUGCCGGUCUGCAGGAAGAAAAGCAAGACUUUUAGAAAGAUACUCCUUCAGAUGA